CCGCAUCCUCCACAUUCCGACCAACAAGAGGCAGAGCGGCGGCAAUUCCGCCAUGUGACAACCUUCCAGACAUCUCGUUUCUGAAUCCCUUUCCUUGUCCGACAACCUUUUCCGCGUGAUUUGUGUUCUCAACAGCCAUGUCUGCUGCUGUUCGCACAUCUAUGAAGAUGGCAUCGCGGCCACAGCAGCGCCUUGCUAGCAUACAGAGACAGUUCAGCUCGUCGGCGCGGCAAAAGAAGGAAGUUAGAGAUGCAUACAUCCUGAGCGCAAGUCGGACACCUACGGGUGUGUUUAACGGCGCAUUUACAACCGUCUCCGCAACCCAGCUCGGUGCCACUGCGAUCAGGUCAGCCCUCGAGAAGUCCAAAGUUCCCGUAUCCUCAAUCGAUGCCGUAUACAUGGGCAACGUUCUCAGCGCGGGCGUUGGGCAAGCUCCCGCUCGACAAGCCGCCAUCUUCGCAGGCCUGCCUACCAACAUUGAAGCUACAACCGUGAACAAGGUCUGCGCAUCCGGUCUGAAGGCAGUCAACCUCGCUGCCCAGAGCAUUGAGCUCGGUCAGGCGGAAGCGCAGGUCGCUGGAGGAUUCGAGAACAUGACCCGAGUGCCAUACUACCUGAACCGUGCCAGCCAGCAACCGCCGUUCGGCCACCAGCAGCUGCAGGAUGGCCUCAUCGGAGAUGGGCUUUGGGAUGUAUACAACCAGAUCCACAUGGGCAAUUGCGCAGAGAACACCGUGAAGAAGUAUGGCAUCUCUCGUGAAGAGCAGGACGAAUUCGCCAUCCUGACCUACAAGCGCGCACAAGCAGCAUGGAAGGACGGCCUGUUCAAGGAUGAAGUCGCGCCGGUGACAGUCAAGUCUAAGAAGGGUGAGGUUGUAGUGUCUGAAGAUGAAGGCUACAACAAGCUCAAGCUGGAGAAGGUGCCGACCCUUAAGCCAGCCUUCGUGCGCGAUGGCAGCGGCAGCGUCACAGCGGCCAACAGCUCCGCAUUCAGCGAUGGCGGAUCCGCACUGGUGCUCGGUAGCAAGGACAUCGCCCAGCAGUACGGCAAGGACAGCCGUGUUCUCGCGAAGAUCAUCACAUACGCCGACGCCGCGAUGGACCCCAUCGACUUCCCCAUCGCACCCGCCGCCGUGGUCGAUAAACUCCUCCAGCAAUCCGGUCUUUCCAAGUCCGACAUCGCCGUGUGGGAAUUCAACGAGGCGUUCGCCGCAGUCAUCAAGGCCAACGCCAAGAUCCUCGGUCUAGGUGUGGACAACGUGAACCCCAGAGGUGGAGCUAUUGCGCUCGGCCACGCGCUGGGGAGCUCUGGCAGUAGGAUAUUAGUUACACUUCUGCACCAGCUUGAAGUAGGACAGUACGGCGCGGCCGCGAUCUGCAACGGUGGGGGUGCUGCCACGGGCAUCAUCGUGCAAAGAGUUUCGCCUGACCAGCUUUGAGUGACGGAAAAGAACUGUGAUACCAGCACGGCGUUGUAUGCAUGGGACUUAGCCAGGCAAAAUGUAAAUAUAGGAAUUGAAUGUCACAAAUUUCCUCC